CAAGUUUUCCUCCAGCUAAAUAACCCAAAAAUGUCAAUCCUCCAAUUAAAACUGAAUUCUUUACUAAAGAGUUGGAUGACAUUCUGAUUAUUAAUCAUCAAAUAUUUUGCAGUGAUCUAUUUGGAAAUAAAAACUUAAAAGUACGAAAGACGCUUACAACUAGGUAGCAUGGAAUAGUAGCUCAAUGCCUAUGUACUGAUGAAUAAUGUAUUUCUAACCAAAAUAUACAGGAAGAUGGCAGAAAGUUCAAGUUUAUGGCUAACAAAACAAAGGUUACGACAUUUAGAAUUACCAAUGAAAAAUUUCAUUGAAAAUGCUAUACCACAUCAAGUAGAAAUCUUAAGAAGUUUAAAAGCUAAUUUAUUAAAGCAUAAGAGAUUAGAAGAUCGAAAUACUUUACGACAAAGUAAAAUAAAAGCUUCACAAUCUAUUAAACGUGCUCAAGCUCUUCUCAGAGAGAUGGAUACUUUACGUAGUCAAGUAGCAGACUCAGAUUUACAAACAUUUGACAAUCUUAUGAAUCCAAGUAGACAAAAUAUUUUGGUAGCAAUUAAUAUGUUUAAAAAUGACGAUUUAGAAGAAAAAAGGUCUGUUUUAAGACCUGAAGAAGAAAACUUAAGCAAUACAAAUUUAUCUGAAGAUAAUAAACAACAACAACUAUUAUUAUCGAUACAAUCAGAAAAAGAAAAACAACAACGAAUGUUGGCUAUUGAAUGUGAUGUUACAAAUGUUGAACGAGAUAUAAAUGAUAUUCAAGUUAUGUUUAGAGAUCUAGGUAAACUUGUAAAUGAACAAAAAGAAAAUGUUAACCAAAUUGAAAUGCAUGUUGAAUCUACUCAAGAAAAUGUAGAACAAGCAGAACAAUCCUUAAGGAAAGCAGCAAAGUUAAAAAAAAUGUCAUACCCUUUAAUUGGUGCAGUUAUUGGAUCAUGUGUUGGUGGCCCAUUAGGAUGUUUAGCAGGAAUUAAAGUCGGUGUUGUUGCCACUGUAACAUGUUUUGCUCUAGGUUUUACAGGUGGUAAAGUACUCAAAGAAAAAUCUGAAGUAAAUGAUGAAACUAAGGAUCCUAAUGAAUUACUCAAACAAUCUGUUGUAUUGAAAUCUCACAGAGAGUGAUUAUUUUUAGGUAUUUGUUUGUAAGAAAUUUGAUUUGAUACUAUUAAUUAACUUGGUUCUGAAUGCGUCAUAGAUCAAAACUCCACAGAAUGGAUCAAGUGAUUUUCAAACUAAUUAUAUCACACACUGUGAUAUGUUGACUAAUAUAUAAUUCAUUAACAUAAAUUAAAUAUUAUUAUUAUAAAAUAUUCUAUUUAGAUUAAAAUAAGUAUAUAUUUUGUUAAUAAACUUAUUUUGUACAUAAACUCAUGUUUAAAAUAUAUUUUCUUGUAAUUAGUUUCUUGUUGUAUAAAAAUAAGAUACACAAAAUUUAAUAAAAUCUUAAAAUUUAGUGAAUAACUUUAAUGCCUCAUUAAAUACAGGCAUAGGUAACUUAAUAUUUAACCCAAUUUUUCUAAAAUGUUUUGAACAAUAAAAAUUAGAGAGUAGAAAAAUAAUACAUAGAAAUUGGAUAAAUAGUCAAUUUUUGACAGGGGCACUAUAAAGGUAAAGUUUUCAUUAAGUUGAAUUAAAUCAUUUUUUUUUUUGUUACACAUCUUAAAAAAAUAUUUUAUUAUUAAUUCAAUAUAGAGGAAUAUAAGACCAAUUAGUAUUUUUAUUUUAAUUUUUCUAUACAUCCAUUUGUUAAAAUAUAAUAUAUUGUGUAUCAUUUCAUUAAAAUUAUUACUUAAAUUUAAAUAUGAGUCAUUAUAAACAACAUUAUUAUGAUA